UCUUUUUCUCUUUAGCAAAUGCUUCAGACCAUUGCAGGGCAUGGAUGGAGGUGACAUUCUAGUAAAUCUGCUCAAAACUUACAUAUAGGCAAACUUGGAGCUGGCUUUAGCUUUGAAUUUACUGAUGAACAGCAAGAGUUUCAAGGUCCUGCUCAUAAAUUUGCUGUGGAGGAAAUUAUUCCUGUUGCUGCACAAUAUGACAAGACUGGAGAGUAUCCUCUUCCACUUAUAAAACAGACUUGGGAACUUGGUCUUAUGAAUCACAUACCAGAAAGCUGUGGUGGUCUUGGCCUUGGCAGUUUUGAAGCAUGCCUUAUUACAGAAGAGUUAGCUUAUGGAUGUACAGGGGUUCAAUCUGCCAUUGAAGCAAAUUCCCUAGGGCAAAUGCCAGUAAUCAUUGCAGAAAAUCAGCAUCAGCAGAAAAAAUACUUCGGAAGAAUGACCAAGGAACCAAUGAUGUGUAUUUUGCAUCACAACGGUGGGAAAGCAAACUGGUAUUUUUUGCUAGCUCGUACCAGUCCAGAUCCAAAAGUUCCUGCAAGCAGAGCCUUUACUGGGUUCAUUGUGGAAGCAGAUAGCGCUGGAAUCCAAACUGGAAGAAAGGAAAUUAAUGUGGGUCAACACUGCUCAGCUACAAGAGGUGUUGUCUUUGAAGAUGAUAGGCCCAAAGAAAAUGUAUUACUAGCUGAGAGAGCUGGCUUUGAAAUUGCAAUGGGAGCUUUUGAUAAGACCAGACCACCCAUAAUUCAGGUACCAGCUGGUGCUGCUGGAUUAGCAAAAAGAGGACUUGAUGAAGCUACUAGAUAUGCUUUGGAGAGAAAAACCUUUGGGAAAGCAAUUGUUGAACACCAAGCAGUGUCUUUCUUGCUUGCUGAAAUGACAAUGAAAGUGGGACUUGCUAGGAUGGCUUACCAAGAUGCUGGUCACAGGAAUACCUACUAUGCUUCCAUUGCAAUGGCAAUUGCUGGUGGCAUUGCAAACCAAGUAGCUACAGAUGCAGUACAGAUUUUUAGAGGAAAUGGAUUUAAUACUGAAUGUCCUGUAGAAAAACUAAUGAGAGAUGCUAAAAUCUGCCAGAUUUAUGUGGGAAUGGCUCAGAUUCAAAGGAUGAUCAUAGCUCAUGAACAUGUUGGCACAUUAAAGGCUUAA